AUGGCCAAUGUAGUUGAGCACAAAACUGAAGCUGUUGGUGACUUUGGCUGGGGCCACUGGACAGUCCAGGACGUCCUCAUCCCUGCAAACGCUGGUCGAGGGCUAGUCAAGAAAUAUCACCAGCGACGAACCCUCUACCAGUACUUUGCACUAUCUCUUUCCGGGCUCUGGGCCUUUUACAACCUCGAGAACACGUCUUACCGUGCAGCUGCACUGAGCUUCCUCUUCCCAGGCGCAGGCUUCACCGCAGUCGCCACUCUUACAUCAACCGCUGCGUUCCUGGCUACUCUGGUCUUGAUCCCCGUCACCAUUUUUGUCUGGUUCGCCAUGGGCGGAAUCGCAUUCCCCAUUGGUCUAUGGGUAGGCUCUAGUUUCGCAGCUGGCUACCUCGCCACCGACUCUCUAUUCGAACCCUCUGCCAUCCUGUGGGCCAUCUUCUGCUACACUGGUAUCUUCUGGCUUAUGAGCAAUGCUCGCUCUCUCAAUGCUGCUGGAUACUCCAAGGCGCAGGAGCGUAAUAAGUACCUCGUGCAAGCAGUUGAGGAGCAGCUUGCCAAUGCUACGCCUGCACCUGCACCAGGUUCCCGUGAGCUCUCUCUCGAUACUCUUCGCCAUGUUCAGCACAUGCUCGAGCGUGGACUUAGUCCCCAGGACGACUUUAGCUUCCACGAUGUCAUUGAUCAGUUCCAGACCGGCGCUGUUCGAUACCAGCUCUAUGGUGUUGUUGAUGUUCUCAGCUUGUACCAGUGUCAUUACGCUCCUGGCUUCCAUGGCUAUCUUUCCAAGGCUUCUCAGAACUGCAUCGAGAAGAGUCUCCAGAAGCGAAUCAUGAGCUACUGGAAGUGGGAGUCAAUCUUUGGCAGGUUUACCCUCAGCGACUGGGAUCCGAUCAAGAAGGACAAUAUCAUGGUUACUGGAUACCUCAGCUCCGCUAUUGGUCUGUACGAGCAAGCCUCUGGCGAUCGCCGCUAUCAUAAGAAGAACGCGCUCGAGUUUGUUAUCGACGACGGCAAACACUACAAGACCAACUUUGAGGGACUUGCCGAUGCUCUUCAUGAGAACAUGACCGACAACCCCUACUGCCUGUAUCCCUGCGAGCCCAACUGGACUUACUCUCUUUGCAAGUAUGUCACAGACAUUACCUCCCGACGGAGCCUAAAGAUUCUCACUGGUAUGGCUGGCCUCGUCAUCUCUGAUCGUAUUCUUGGUCGAGAUUGCGGAGAGAAACUCAGGAACCGCUUUGAACGUUCUCUCGAGGAGGAAUUCACCGAGUGCGAUGGUCGUAUCCUCCCCAUCCGCAGUGAAUUCACAGGUCUUACACUUCCUGGUCUCUGCGGAACCCUCACCGACUGCAUCAACGCCAUGCUCCUGACCGCAUACCUCCCCCACCUCGCCCACCGCAACUGGGCCAUGAUCCGCAAAGAAUUCAUCAAGUACGACAGCAAGGGCGAACUCGUUGUAAGAGACCUCAAGGGCGCCGACAAGAUGGAUCCUGGUAACUACCGCGCCGGCGAGGGUCCCCUCCGCGCCUUCAUCGCCGCAACAGCCGCUGAGUUCGGCGACGAGAAGAUCCGCAAGGAGGCUCUCGAACAGCUCGACAAUGUCUACUUCCCCGUCGAAGCCACCAAGACAGGAUCUCUUCGCAACAAGGGUCUUUCGGCUACUACACAGGUGAUUGCCCUGAUGGCGCGCCUUGUCAAGCAGCGUGACUUGGCCAAUGCUACGCUUCACGGACCUUCUAAGGAGGCUUUGAGUGGACCUAUCCUUGAGGAGGCACCUUUCCCGGAAGUUCUGGUUGCUAAGGCGUAUAGCGAGGAUGGAAAGAAGCUCGAUUUGGUUGUGUACAACGGAAAGGAGGCUGGAGUCUUCAAGCUUGGGCUUGAGCGGUUGAUUCCUGGUAAGCAGUACUCUGUCAGCACUGGAGGAUCUGUCACUGCGAACGGAGCUGGAAAGGCGUAUAUUGAUGCCAAGAUCAACGGUCGAACUCAAAUCAUCUUGCAACCGAUCGAAUAG